GAAAACUGGACUUACAUCUGGAGUUUCAAUGACCCAAACCAUGAUUGGUACUCAGACAUUAACAUCACCUAUGUGAAUUAUUAUCUUCACCAGCCUCAAGUAGCUGCAGUCUUCAUUAUUUCCUACUUUCUGAUCUUUCUCCUGUGCAUGCUGGGAAAUACAAUGGUUUGCUUUAUUGUAAUGAGGAACAAACACAUGCACACAGUUACCAAUCUCUUCAUCUUGAACCUGGCAAUAAGUGAUCUAUUAGUUGGCAUAUUCUGUAUGCCAAUAACACUGCUGGAUAAUAUCAUAGCAGGAUGGCCAUUUGGAAACACAAUGUGCAAAAUCAGUGGAUUGGUCCAAGGAAUUUCAGUUGCAGCUUCAGUUUUUACUUUAGUAGCAAUAGCAGUGGAUAGGUUCCGAUGUAUUGUCCAUCCUUUUAAGCCAAAGCUCACUAUCAAGACAGCAUUCAUCAUUAUUGUGAUAAUAUGGGUCCUGGCCAUCAUAAUUAUGUCGCCAUCUGCAGUAAUGUUACAUGUACAAGAAGAAAAAUAUUACCAAGUCAGAUUCUAUGUGCAGAAUAAAACCAGCCCAGUUUACUGGUGUCGGGAAGACUGGCCCAAUCAGGAAAUGAGGAAGAUCUACACCACUGUGCUGUUUGUCAACAUCUACUUGACUCCACUGGUGCUCAUUGUCGUCAUGUAUGGAAGGAUUGGCAUUUCACUCUUCAAGACCACAGUUUCUCAUGUGAGCAAGCGGAACCAGGAGCAGCGGCACACAGUGUCCAAGAAGAAGCAGAGGGUUUUUAAGAUGCUCCUGAUCGUGGCCUUACUAUUCAUUCUCUCCUGGCUGCCUCUGUGGACUCUGAUGAUGCUCUCGGACUAUGCAGACCUGUCUGCAGCUGAGCUCCAUGUCAUCAACAUCUACAUCUACCCCUUUGCACACUGGCUGGCCUUUUGCAAUAGCAGUGUCAACCCCAUCAUUUAUGGAUUCUUCAAUGAGAAUUUCCGUCGUGGUUUCCAAGAUGCUUUUCAUCUCCAGUUCUGCCAAAAGACAGCAAAGACCCAGGAAGCUUAUUCUCUACGACCAAAAACCAGUAUGACUAGAAACAUAUCUAAUCAGCCUGUUCUAGAAUCUGUCAUUCAGAGCAAGAGUAGCGAAGCUGUGGUUCAUAAUGAAAGUAUUGAAAAACCCAAACAGGAGUUAACAAGAGCAGAGUUGGGAGAAGUUUCCAAUAGCAAUGAGAUUAGCAGAGAGCUAAUGUAA